AUGCUUACCGGUACUUACAAGAGCGUAUUUGGACAAUCCCGGGACCGGUACCGUAUGCCAAUCAACGCCCCCGGCAUCGCUUCACCAGCCCCGCAGAAAUCCCCGACCCGGGGCCCCGGCUAUCUUUAUCGCCACCACACCAAACCCCCCAGCCCGCUUCUUGCAACCAUGUCCAUUAUACAUCCUGGGGACGAGAAGCAAGAAAUCAGGCAGUUUAUCGGAGAAGAGAAGACAGAAACAUUGGACACGAUGCCGCGUUUCCUCCGCCGCAUCUUCAACCCCACAUCUACAUCUACAUCCACACCCACAUCCACAUCCAAAUCCAAUCCCUUCCGUUCCAUCACCCGCACCACCAGCGAACCAGACGUCCACCUCCACGCCCACACCGUAACAUCACCGUCAUCACCACCACAGCCACCAUCACCCUCCCAAUCCCCCCUCCAACGCACCCGCCGCGUCCUCGUCCGCAGCCCCCUAGACCCCCACAACACCACCCCUUCUGCCUGGAAAUCCGUCUUCUUUGAGCCCGAGACGGGGAAUGAAGAGGAGCACAUGGCGCUCCGAGAGACCGGAUGCGGCGCCAGUCUAGCCAACAGCAACAGCAACAGUAACACCGAUAGCACCGAUCUGCAUAGACCGAUUCUUGCGUCAGCGCAGCAGCCGUCCGAGCGCGUCGUGCAGACGCCCAGGACGAGGAGGCGGUUGAGUAAGAAGCGGAGAGGGCCUGGGUCAAAGGGUUGA